CUUCAAUUGUGAUCACCGACAACCAUGUUACGGACAGUAAAACCCAAAAAUGCCCGCUCGAAACGCGCGCUUGAAGCGCGGGCACCAAAGCCGGUGGAAGAUGCGCGGACCGCUGUCUUCGUGAAGGGAACGCACACGGGAGAGGUUCUCAACCAUGCGAUGAAGGACCUGAUGGCACUGAAGCGUCCGGACGCUGUGUCGUUCUCGAAAAAGAACGUAGUACACCCCUUCGAGCCACAAGGCACUCAAUCGCUCGAGUUUUGGGCGCAGAAGAACGACGCGAGUGUCUUCUUGGUCGGUCAGACGUCGAAGAAGCGGCCAAAUAACCUGACUUUCGUGCGGAUGUACGAUUACCGGGUACUCGAUGUGAUCGAGGUCGGUGUGGACAAGUUCGUGCCGAUGAGCGACUUCAAGACCCCGAAAUCCACUCCUGGCCAUAAGCCACUGAUGCACUUUGCCUCCGAGCUUUUCGAUACCCACCCGCGGUUCGUGCAGCUGAAGUCCAUGCUCAUGGAUUUCUUCAACGGCGAGGAGAUCGAGUCCAUCUGCCUCAAGGGCCUCGAGCACGUCAUCAGCGUCUCCUGCGCCCCCACACCGCCCGGCCUCAACACCACCUCCCCCACCGAUCCCUCUACCUCCUCCGCCACCGCCCCCGAAGCCCUCCCCAAAGUCCACCUCCGCGUCUUCACCACCAAGCUGCUCAACUCCGGGACCCGCGUCCCGCGCGUCGAGCUCGUGCCGAUGGGGCCCUCGCUCGAUCUGAGUCUGCGCAGGCACCAGCCGCCGGAUGCGGAGCUGAUGAAGCAGGCGCUGAAGCGGCCGAAAUUGAAGCAGCAGGAUGUGGAGAAGGGGCUGGGGAAGAAGCGGAAGAACAUGGAAGUGGACGAGAUGGGCGACUUGAGGGGAAGACUGCAUGUGGGGAAGCAGGAUCUCAACAAGUUGCAGACGAGGAAGAUGAAGGGGUUGAAGGAGGGCCCGGCGGAGAAGAGGCAGAGGAUGGAGGAGGACGAGGAGUGAUCUGUGUUUCCUGUUGCUGUAUAUCUGUCUUUUCUAGUGUUGUUUGCUAUGUAUUCAUGCACCGCGUUGCGUUUGCAAAGAUGAAAGCUAUGGCUGGCCAUAACAGCGU